AGGGCCUGCCAUCCCUAUUUCAUUUUCCAACAAAAGUUUUUGAAAAGACGAAGUGCAGCUGGAUUUUUUGAUAGUUGCCCAUCGAAACCCCAAAAGUAUUAACAAUUGUACAUUCGCCAGCUGUCCACGCCACACACAUAGUCACAUCACCCCACAGCACAGGCUCCAGCUCAUCCAACGACUCGUUCCACAGCUCGACAGCUCUCCUUUAGCACCCGUAGUCACUCCACCUAUUGUCACCAUGUCAUCCCGCAAGACCGCCGGACGCCGUGCCACCACCAAGAAGCGUGCCCAGCGCGCCACCUCCAAUGUGUUCGCCAUGUUCGACCAGGCGCAGAUCGCCGAGUUCAAGGAGGCCUUCAAUAUGAUUGACCAGAACAGAGAUGGGUUCGUUGAGAAGGAGGACCUGCACGACAUGCUCGCCUCGCUGGGCAAGAACCCCACCGAUGAUUACCUCGACGGAAUGAUGAAUGAGGCGCCGGGACCCAUCAACUUCACCAUGUUCCUGACGCUCUUUGGCGAGCGCCUGCAGGGCACCGAUCCCGAGGAUGUGAUCAAGAACGCCUUUGGUUGCUUUGAUGAGGAGAACAUGGGUGUGCUGCCCGAGGACAGGUUAAGGGAGCUCUUGACCACCAUGGGCGAUCGAUUCACAGACGAAGAUGUGGACGAGAUGUAUCGGGAGGCGCCCAUCAAGAACGGCCUGUUCGACUAUCUGGAGUUCACGCGCAUCCUGAAGCAUGGUGCCAAGGACAAGGAUGAGCAGUAAAACGCCAGCAAUUGUCCAGCCAGCAGCUGUUGCCUUUCCAAACCAGCCGCCGCGCCGUCUGUCAAAUCAAUCCAUAAUGAGUUUCGUUUUUGAUAAUUUAAUAUGUAUUUUUUUUUACUUGGCCACCGGGCCUAUUCUAUCCUUUGAUUCCUGUACUUACCUGUGCAUUUAAAUUAAACAGAACGUAGUGAACACAAGCUAAUGUUAUGUACAAUAAUGAUGUAGUGUGUGUAGUGGAGCGCCGUCUGAUAACAUGAUUUUCCCGAACCCUUUUUAUAAGUAUUAACUCAUUGAAUAUGCAUAUAUAUAUUACCUAUAUACAAAAUACAUACUUAUACAAGAA